CCAGACCAUCCCAGCUUGUCUCAUUCAGCCUAAGCUGGGCGAAGAGAAGCAGCGCUCUCUCGCUGCCUGCCGGCUGCCUUGCCGAAGCUUUCCCACGGGAAUCGAAGCCUCGGCCACCUCCUGAGGUUCCGGAACUACGGAUCUGACAGGGAGGACAGCUCCACCUCUCGCUUGCAGUACCUGGGCUCGCCCCUGGGUAACUCAGGAUCUGAAGAGCCGUGAUCUUGCUGUGGUCGGAUAGGGAGGCAGGGAAAGGAAGGAAGGACAGAGCUGGGAAGAGUCUCAGCAACAGAUGGAGAGGACCACAGGGCACUAUAGGAAUCCGGCCGGAGAGAUUUUGCGUCUUCCUUUGCACUACUAAGAAAAGACCCCUCCUUUUCCUAUUGCAGCAGCCCCUCAGCAAACAUGCCUUUCCCACCGAUUCAGCAGCCACAGCAGCAGCCGCCGCAGCAGCAGCAGGUCCCUGGGGCUCCGACACCUCCCACUGUCCCUGCCGCUGCUCCCCGAGAGCUGCCCAAGAAGCCUGCAGCCCAGAGGAAGACCACAGUGCACGCCCCUCCGGUCCCAGGUUCCCUGGCCCCUGCAGCUGGGGGCGAGAAGAAGAAACGGCCCCCUGAAAAGCCGGAGAUGCUCCUCUCCAGCUCCUGGCCGUCGGCCACACUGAAGAGGCAACUGGCUAGGAGAGCCCCGGGCCCCGCAGCCAGCAGGACUCAGCCACAGCCCCCGCUGCGCCCCACUCAGCAACCCGUGGCGGCUGCCGCCGCGACCACCUCCCCGCCCGCCCGCCCGCCGAUCCCCGCCACCUGUACGGUGCCCGGACUGACCCACUCCUGCGAGAGCCUGGCAGCCGGCGGGGCCUCGGUGCCGGGGCCGGCGGCGGGCCCCAGCAGCGGGGAGGAGGAAGCCGUGAGGUUCUCGUUGAGCCUCACCCCCGAGGCGAUUUUGGUGAUUCAGAGGCGCAACCUGGAGAAGCAGUUGCUAGCGCGGCAGCGCAGACCCUUCCCUUCGCCAGCCGCGGACACCAAGCGCCUCCUAUCCUCCUGCCCCCGGAGCAAGGCCGGCGCCGCGGGGACCGCCUCCGGCCAGCGUAAGGGCAUUGCCACGAGCGGCGCCGGGAGCACCCCGGUGGGGGGCUUCGGGAGCACGGGUCGCCGCCCCACGCAGUCCCAGCCCCAACUUCUUUCGGGUGCCCUGCAACCCCUCUCCGCCCCCUCCCGAGGGGGGCAGCUGGGAAGUGGCGACUUACGGACCUUGCUGAAGAUCUCUCUCCUGAAUGAGCACCAUAAGUACGAUGAUGUAGAGUAUGAGGAGGAGGCUGAGGCGGUGGACGAGGGCCUGGUGAGGAAGUGUACCGAGUGGCUAAGGGGUGUGGAGAAUGCCGCGGCCACCAGAGACAGGGCUGAAAAGUUGGAGACCCUGCCCCACCUGGGCACCCUCUGAGGCAGCCCGAGGAGAGAGGGGCUCCGCCCCACCCCGACUUCCCGGUUUGAACAAGUGUGGGAUUUGGGGGUGAAACCCACAGAUAUCCUCACUAGGACGGAAACUUCCCCAUCACCAGUGUUCCUCCUCAUCCCGUGUCCCCAUUAGCAGACCUCUUACUCUUCACACACCGUGCACACAUUUCCCCCUGCCCAGGGUGGCAGCAUAGCGAUACUCCCCCCAUUUAUUUCUCCAGCCGCAGAUUUAUUCCUUUCCCUUCAUCUUUUGAAUAUCUGACCCGUGGCAUUAGUAUUCUGUACCACUCUUCCUGCCCCGGGGAUCCCACUGUCCCCCUUUUUUUUCCCCUACAUCUGAGGUUAAAAAUCAGCGGGUUCCGAAAAAUGCCUUGGAACCCCACCACAAAGGUUCAUUUAUUUAUACACCCCAGUGCUUCUUGCCUAGCGACCAGAAACUAGAAGGGGACAAGAAACUCGCAGCCUCUUCUAACUAAGCCUUGGAGUUUGGUGGAUGAUGUUUCACGUAGAGGUAGAACGUUAGUCGGGAGUCGGAGAUCUAGGAGCCGUCCGCAUCUAAGAGAUAACUUGGGUUGACAUUUUUAUUUCUUGCUCCUCCGAGAAGCCUGUUGCUGGACUUGGGUUAAUCGGAUAGCUGGUGCUGAAUCUCUUCCCAUCUGAGCCAUCUAGAUUUUGUUUUUCCACCAGAAACUAGAAAGCUGGGGGUGGGGAGGCAUCAGAGAUCCUGGCAAUUCAAAGACAUCCACCUCUGAUGAGAACUGGGAUGUAAGCCCCGGAAAUAGUAGGCUAUGGUAAAAGAACGCUUUAACGGAUGUGUUACUUUGUUGACAUACAACAGGUGAUUCAUCAUGGGCUUUGUUCUCUCCUUUUAGCCGUCCUUUCUGUAUGCUGUGCACACACACAAGUCUUUCCUGAAACACAGUUACUGGAUUUGUUUUCAAGCACUGGACUCAGGAGGGAGGGGGAAGAGGGGUCAGCUUUUGUCAAGACCAUGGUCUUUAUUCGAAGUGCUCACAAAAUAUCUUUUGUAUUAGGGGGAAAAGAGUAACCAAAUGGGGAAGGAAAAAAUGCACUCAGCUGUACCAGGACACAGGACAAAAUGUUCUGGUCUUGUGGAGAAAUUUCCUGGGAGAGUGAAUUAGGGGUGGGAAGGGAAGAAGCGUUCUGUAUGUGUUUGUAGUAUUUUUAAUCACUGUGUAUAUAUCAUAGUAGCUUUGUACAUUUGUAUAUAACAUUUAAAAAGAACAUUUCUAUUUAUUAUUUGAAUAAAUGGUUAAAUAGCUUUGUGUUUCAAUAGCCAUACAUUUUCAGUUCCCAACUGGAGGUUUGUGUCUAAUAUAUAUCUCUAUGUAUAUACUUUUUAUUUUUAUUUUUUUUUUUUAGCAUUUGAGUACACUUAAUUUUAAAAUUGAAAAGGCUAUGUAAAAUGUGGGUGCUCAGAUAAGGCCUGAAUAAUGUAAAACCGAUAGAAUGUUUUUCUUCAAUAACUGAUUUAUAAAAUUUUAACAGUAACUAGUUUCAUAUCCUUUUAAAAAUAAUGCUGUAAGCCUUCUAUGUUUAAACAAGAACUAUACAUUUUUAUUUUUUUGAACUAAAAAAAUUUGCAGUAGAAAUCUUGGCUUUGGUCUUUCAAGAAAAGGGAUCAGAAGCAAAUAGUAUUAGCCAUAAGACAUGAAAUACUUACUGAAUUAACAGUGAACUAGAUCAACCACUUGCUAAAUUCUUGCCUGUGAAAAUGAAGUCCAGGCCUCUUGAAAAUAAAAUCUUUCUCAAUUGGACAGUUUCAGUCUAUUUUGCAAAUAUAAUGGGAAAUAUAUCUAAUUUGGGUAAGAGAGAAGACACACAAAAUUCCUUUUCUAAAAUGCCUGUUUCAGUAGCCUUGGGGCUAAUUCAGCAUUCAAGUCAAGAUAUUUAACUCCUAAAUGCAGCUGUAGACAAAAGAAACAAAGAUAUUUUCACAAUUUACUGAACUUGUGGAGGAAAACUAAGUCUAGACUCGAAGGGCCGUUAGGAAUGAGUUGAUCUUGUAGUUUGGGGAUGGAAGCCUCUAUGUUGUGGAUCAGAUCCAGGAUCAUCUGAAUUUUACACAUUUCAGCAGGUGUCAAUGAGUAAUGUUUCCUUUAUGCCUAUAUUUGUAAAAAUGUAAUAGUAAAAAAAUACAAACAGCAAUAUUGUGACUAUCUUUAAAAUGAGAUUGGUUUUGUAUCAAAAUCCAUGUCUAUUUCUUAUGUCUCUCUGUUUCUGUAUCUUCUUCCAAAUGUAUUUUUGCAUGUCGUAGUGUUUUUUUUUCCUGUUUCUCUUCCCUGUUUUCCACUCACAUGUAAUUUCCCCUUUUUCUUUCUCACCCCCUGAACCAGCUCAAGAUAUCACAUUAAAAUGUGUAUAUAUAUAUAUUC